GUGUUUCUUCUGUCCUCCGGCCUGCUGUCCCCAAGGCAGACAAUCUGCGCUGGGGGAGCGAGGUAGCGAGAGCAUGCGAGAACCUAGACCGGCGGGAGGAGAAGGCGCGCUCAAGGCGUGAGGGGAUUAUCCCGCGGUGUCGCUACUGUUGGUGCCCUUUGGAUCCCCGCCAUCCACGCAAGUCGUCUCUCCGCGCUUCCGGCGGUUCCAGGGCGGCGGCGUAUGUCGCAGUGGAGGCAAGACGUUGUCCCUGGCGGCCAUCGCUCGCAAGCUUGCGAGCGAGAAGACGAGCAAUUGCAAUCUGAAACAUCAUCUGUAAGGAUAUCGUCGGCGGGAGCGAGUGUACCCAGCGGAGCUGACAGGCCGCGAAGAUGGCGACCUUCGCCAAACCGGAGAACGCUCUCAAGCGUGCGGAGGAGUUAAUGAAUGUAGGGCAAAAGCAAGCAGCCCUACAGGCCCUCCACGACCUCAUCACUUCCAAGAGGUAUCGAGCAUGGCAGAAGACGCUGGAAAGGAUUAUGUUCAAAUAUGUGGAGCUUUGCGUCGAUAUGCGGAAGGGGAGGUUCGCAAAAGAUGGACUUAUCCAGUUCAGGAUUGUUUGCCAGCAAGUGAACGUGUCGUCCCUUGAGGAAGUCAUCAAGUAUUUUCUGAAGCUGGCAAACGAGCGAGCAGAGCAGGCGCAAGCGGCGGCUGCAGAAGUCACCCUCGACGUGGACGAUCUCGAUGCCGUCAAACGACCAGAAGAUUUGAUGGUCAGCUACGUCAGUGGAGAGAAGGGGAAAGAACGUGCAGACAGAGAGAUGGUCACUCCAUGGUUCAAGUUCCUGUGGGAAACGUAUCGGACGGUUUUGGAGAUUCUGCGGAACAACUCGAAGCUGGAAUCCCUCUAUGCGAUGACAGCGCACAAGGCUUUCCAGUUCUGCCUGCAUUACAAGCGGACAACGGAAUUCCGAAGGCUGUGCGAAAUUUUGCGAAAUCAUCUGAUGAAUCUGAACAAGUAUCGGGACCAGAGAGAUAGGCCAGAUCUUUCUCUUCCAGAGAGCCAACAGCUUUACAUGGAGACCAGAUUUGAGCAGCUCAAGGUCGCUACGGAAUUGGAGCUCUGGCAGGAAGCGUUCAGGUCUGUGGAGGACAUUCAUGGACUGAUGACUUUGUUCAAGAAGGCUCCAAAACCCCAGAUGAUGGCGACAUAUUAUGCGAAGUUGGCAAAGAUUUUCUGGGUCUCUGAGAACCACCUUUACCACGCCUACGCGUGGUACAAGCUGUACAGUCUGCAGAAGAACUACAACAAGAACCUUCUUCCUCGGGAUCUUCAACUAAUUGCAUCGUCUGUGCUGCUUGCAACACUCUCGGUUGCACCAUAUGAUCGGAAGCAUGGCGCCCAUCACUUUGAACUGGAGAUGGAGAAGGAGCGAAAUGUGAGGAUGGCUAACUUGCUGGGAUUCAGCUUGGACCCGAAGAGGGAUGCACGGGAGGUGCUCUCCAGGUCAGCUCUUCUUUCGGAGUUGGUAGGGAAAGGUGUGAUGAGCUAUGUUCCCCAGGAUAUCAAGGAUGUUUACAACAUCCUUGAAAACGAGUUCCAUCCUCUCGAUCUAACCACGAAGGUGCAGCCUCUGUUGGAGAAAUUGUCCUCCUACAACGAAAAGCUGUCUGCUGCCUCUCCUGUGCCCGAGGUGCAACUGGAUCAGUAUGUUGAGCCAAUUCAGAGGUUGACAACUCUCCGGCUUCUUCAGCAGGUAUCCCAGGUUUAUACCACUAUGAAGAUUAGGCAUCUGGCAAACAUGAUCCCAUUUGGAGACUUCAACUACAUUGAGAAACUGGCGAUGGAUGCGGUAAAAUACAACUACGUUCAAGUCAGAGUUGAUCAUCUGAAGGGCACGGUUCAGUUUGGCAGCCAGGAUCUGGAGUCGGACAAGAUAAAGAAUCACUUGACAAUCUUGGCGAAGAGGCUCAACAAGGCACUUGGGCUCAUUCAUCCCACUGGACCAAGUCCGGAUUAUGUAGCUGCAAAGAAACGAGACAUUCAGCGGCUCUUGUCAGCUGUAAACAAGGAGCACCAGGUUGCGCUUGCAAGAAAGGUGUUGAUCGAGCGACGUAAGGAGGAGCAAGAGAGGCAGAUGCUAGAGAUGGAAAGAGAGGAGGAAUCCAGGAAGCUGAAGCAGCAGAGGCUUACGGAGGAGGCUGAGGCUAAACGUUUGGCAGCAGAGUCUGCCCGUCGUGAGGAGGAGCGAAUCCGAAGAGAGCUGGAGGAGAAGGAACUCGAGAAAGCGAAGAUGAUGGUUGCCGAUAUGGAAAAGCGCAAAGGAAAGAAGGGCAAGAAAGGAAUUACAGCGGAGCCGGAUAAAGACAAGCAGCAAUUGAUGGACCUCCUCCUCUCGGAGCAAAUUAAAGAACGCCAGGAGAUGGAGCGUAAACUGCAGAGGCUCUUGAAGCAAAUGGAUCAUUUGGAGCGUGCGAAACGUGAGGAGGAACGCCCUGUUAUUGAGGCUUCCUAUCAACAACGUCUGAUUGACGAUGAGGAGUACCACAACCAGCAGCAGCAGCUGACAAUCGAGCAAAGCAAGCUUCAGCAUGCGGCAGAUAUCCAGGAGAAGAGGCGUCUGUCGCGUAUGGAAGACGAUAAGGUUGCCUUCCAGGAGCAAGUGAUGAGUCGCCGCAGUGUUGAGUUUGAGCGGUUGAGGUUGGAGAGGGAGCAGCGUCUGGCUGAACUGCGUGAGAUAAGAAAGGUGGAGCGUCUGCAACGCAGGAAAAUGGAAUGUUACAGAAGGCAGGAGGAAGCUCGUAUUCGGAAAAUCAGGGAAGAGGAAGAAGCAAGGAAGAGAGAAGAGGAGGAGCGCAAGAGGAAGGAGGAAGAAGAGCGCAUUCGAAAACUGGAAGAGAUCGCAGCAAGGCAGCGUGAGAGGGAAAGGGAGAUUGCCGAGAAGAUGCAGAGGGAGAGAGAAGAGGAAGAGAGGAAGCUCCGGGAGUCCAGGAGCCGGAUUCUGGAUGAAACCGCUCGCCGCUUUGUUCCUCCCGCUCUCCGUGCAUCAGCGGAGCGCGAACGCUUUGGUACAGAGGGGCGCGAGCCAGAUCUUUGGCGCCCGGGACCGCGCGCUGUUGUGGCAGAUGGCCCUGUGCGUGAAAGAGCGUUACCUCCUGCACGUGGUGUGGACAGGUGGACCAGUCAAGAGGACCGUGGCUGGCGUCCCGAAUCUGGUCGUGAGGUUGAGAGGGAGAGGGAGGCACCCCGGGCUCCUGGUGCGUAUCAGCCUCCCAGUCGGAGGAUGGAUGUGGAUGUACACAGGUCUGCUUUUGACAGAGAGCGGGAUGUGCGUCCUGCUGACCACGAUGGACCUCGCCUUGAGGUGGAUGGCAACAUGGUUCCACCACCACCUGGGAGGGAGCUGGGCCGGGAGAGACCAUUCCAACCACCUUCAGGUGGAGGCCGGUAUGAGCCACCUAGCCGUAGAGGUGGAUUUGACCGCGAUCGCGACAGGGACAUGAUGCCAGGGAGAGGCGGGCUAGCACCACGCCUGGGCGAAGAUCGCUGGAGCGCUCCCCGUGAGGAUGGCUCUCGGUGGGAGAGGGGCGACAGGGCACCGGCACCACCGCUUCGAAGGGAUGAUCGCUGGUGAUGUUCUCUGACUAAUGCUCCAGAACGUGCGAGCAGGUGAGUGUUGGAAGCCUGAAGGACAGUGGAUGCAAUUUUGGAGGGGCAAUUUAUAUGUUGACUUCCUUGCUGAGUGCAGAGCUUCUCCCAUGAAUAAAAGCCAUCUUUCGGAGUACACUCAGAGAAGAUUCAGCAACCUUCCUCUUCAAGAUUUGCUUGUUCAAUCAAAGCCACCCUUUGAACGCAGGUGCACGCAUGAAACGUGACCAUGUACACCUCUUUGCGAGAGCUUCUAGCAAAGUCCUCCUGGGGCUCUUGGGAGGUAAUACAUUCUUCUGCCAGCUGGCAGUGGAGUGCACUAUCCUUUUCCGGUCGCAGAGCACAAGCAGGUGCAUUGCACUGGGGAUAUCAAGUCGAGGGCGUACUCCGAUGAGGACUUUCGUGGAUUUAGCUGACUCGAAUUACGGCUAACUCUGGAUGUUUCUGACCGGCAUACGAUGUCAAAAGCAGACUUGAAAACCUACUAGUGUUGCCUUGAGAACAGCUGCAAUGAUCUGCAAACCUUGGACGGACAUGUCGUAUGUUGGCUGUGGCUGCUUUCAGCCUGUAGGGGUUAGGGUACUAAAAUGCAGCUUAUCGCAAUUGUAUUACCACAGGUUUUUGGAGCAAGAAAUAAUUCUGGCUUUCUAUGAUUUCCUUACGGCAGCUCUUCUUUGAUCGGAGCAAGUUUGGGAUAACCUGCGCAGAGCAACAAGCGGUGGUAGCGCAGAGCUGUUGUUGUCAUUUUUCUCUGAGAAGAAGGAAGUGGAUCUAAGGAGGAUGCUGCUGCUGCGGGCCCAAAGAACUGUAUUCAAGGGAGGACGGCACGGUUUUGACAUCGAGGUGUGUAAAGUUUUGUAGGUAGGUAAAUGAGGAAAAACGUUGUUUUUUUUUUUCCCGACCUGCAAUGUGGUGGCUUUGGGUGAGGUUUUGCAUUCCAGAUGUAGGCUGAGAGUGGUAUGAGCUGCACAAAAAAGGUGCUUUGCAGAUGUAGUGUUUAGAAGAUUUUGGUGCUUGUUGCAUGUCUUCUGUGUUUAGCAAAUACAUUGAUAUGGAUAUAUAGAGUAUAUGAGGUUGUUAAGCAGAAUGGGAGUUGUUGUGGAUCGCCUGCCUCUUGAGGAGUGUGCUUGCCAUUGAUACCGUAACUACAUGCAAUAGUGAUUUAGGUUAGUGGUGGGAAGGGGAAUUCUCUUCUACAGGUACACGUUGAGGCCAUAGAUCAUCAUUUCUCUUUCUGGAGCUCCGCGAGGGAGGUUGCCAUGGUAGUAGUCCUGACACAAAAAAUCAUUGCGUUGUAUUGGCUCUUGUUUGUUUUCUGUGUUCCCGCGGCUCCAGUACCUUUUUUUUCUCUUGUUUUUGAAACUUUAAGGAGCUCAUCCAUGGCAUCUAUGCUGUGCACUCUUGUGGAUGGUAUGUGUAUUCCCGGCCCUUUCGUCUUGUUUUUCUUGUUUUUUUGUUCUGUAUCCUGACUCCUGCCUUGUUAUCUGGGAGAAUUAUUCUUUGCGUAAUCUUUCCUUCUGAUGCCUGACCCCUUCGGUGUGGGAAUAGACACAGCGUGGGGUUUUCAGUGCGCAGAAAGUGCCAGGGCAGUUCAUCUGAUGUGUGUGAGCUGUCUUGCUGCAGAGCGGAGCCUUCUCUUUAUCCUGCGGAGCAUUCUCUUUAUCCCGGUCUUGAAUAAGAGUAGCCUCUUUGAAUGAAGGUUAUCCCUCAACCGUUCUCUGUAGCUAGAGUUCCAUCGACUUGGUGCCAGUUUCGCAGCCACACAUUCUAUCAGUCCCGACUCCCGUGUGCUGAUUGCGUUUCUGCCGAGUCUCCGUUUUGGGUGCAGGCAAUUGCUCCCUGCAGAUGCUUCUAAACGACUGGUCUUGAUUGAUUGUUGCUUCACACGGGAGUGUUUGACUCGGUGCUGUAUACGUCAAUCAGUACUGCUCUAUUGCCGUUGUGACUGGUCGCUGUGUUGUACACAGCAAUCAUUCUCUUCAGAUGCUACUACCAAGUGGCCUAAACCUGAGGGUUUCUGCUCACAAGAUUUGCAAGCAGCCAGGUAAUGGCACAGACAGAGCUUGUGAUGGGGCAAUGUAGGCAGUUACCGACUGCAGAUAUUCCCUGGCGUUGUUCACCUGGGUUGGCUAGGGUCUCCCGUCUUCUUAUCAUUUACCGAUCACGUAUCUGAUGUGUCUCCAGUACCUUUGCUUAAUCUUUGAAUUCCCUGGCGUUGUUCACCUGGGUUGGCUAGUGUGUCCCGUCUUCUUAUCAUUUACCGAUCACGUAUCUGAUGUGUCUCCAGUACCUUUGCUUAAUCUUUGCACCUGUCUGAUGUGUGUGUGCAUACACAGCUCUGGCUAUCUAUCAGUCAGCUGCUCUUGGUUGAUGUUUGUGUGUGGGUGUGUGUGCGCCUGCGCGUGCGCGCGUGUGUGUGUGUGUGUGCGUGUGUUCGUGUUCUUUGUGGUACGGGUUGCUGACUUACAACAGUCGUCGUUUAGUGAAACGAGCGUUGAUAAGUAGGGAUACAGGUAACAUGAUUCAAGAGUCUUCCCACAUCCGACUUCCCCAUGUGCUGGCUUGGGUCGUUGCAUACAUUUUUCUAAAAUGCUUCUGUUGUGCUCUAGAUUGAUUACUCCUGAAAUAUUAUAGACUCUACUUGAGUACGACUAAUGUAGUCUCCUAAAAUGCUUCUGUUGUGCUCUAGAUUACUCCUGAAAUAUUAUCGACUCUACUUGAGUACGACUAGUGUAGUAGAGAGAAUGUACAGUUCCCACAGUGGUUGGUCUUUGAGUUGUGUGUAUUACGGAAGUUAUGCGGUGGUUGUGGUAGAGUACAGAGAAUGUACAAUUCGCAGAGUAGAUGUUGGUCUAUAUUCUCUUUGUAAGGGCGCUUCUGUAUUUGGCUGUUUGCUUACAUCUUCAUGUUCUAUUAGGUUGAAGUCUAUACGCAGAAAAAGGUAUGCUUGCAUGCCCUAAUUGCACAGUUCGUUGUGCUCGUUUAGGUUGGUAGCGGGUGAGAAUGUGUGGGAGAAACAGAUGUGCAUGGCAUCACCUUGUGAUUGGAGAAUUGGACCAUGCUGUAAUGAAUCUUUCCAGAGAAUAUUGAAAGCGCUGGCCUUAGCAGUGGAGCAAGAGGGCCAGCGUUAGACCCCUUCACUUGGCUGUGCCGGGGAUGGCUUACUCACACUAAACUUUUUCUGCAGAAAGAGGGUGUAUUCGCACCGACAUUGUAAUUGCGGUCAGGUGCAUCCAUGUUGGGUUAGAAAGGGGGUCCCACAAUCGGUGAAGUAUCAGUGUGCGCAUGCCCUAAGAAAGAGGGUGUAUUCGCACCGACACUGUUAAAUCAUCAUUUUAAAUGUAUCUACCUUAUUUAUGCCUGCACCUGGAUGUAACACAACCCCGGUCCAGGCUGUAAUGAUGCCUGCUACGCACUCCUGUCUGUGUAUGACCUGAAAGAAGCAUGCUGCCAUGCGCCGGAGGUAGCUGUAGCUGGUUGACUUGUUGUUGACAACAACGGAUUUGACAUCAAAGGAUUGAGAGGUAUUGGAAUCUGUCUUCUGAAAAUGAAUGUAGACAAUUGCCGAGGCGAAGUAAAACCUCCACUACACGGCCACCUGGGCUGAGGGCCUGACACCUUCAUUUCUGGAGGCCCAACAGGCGAUGCCGGCCAUUGAUAAACUUUGCCGAUGGUGUGCGGGCUGCGUCCAGUACCUGUGCUCUAGUGCCGUGGGGACGAAGUCCUUCGCUAAGACUGGGGCCGUGUACUGGUGGCUCAAAAGUGAGAAAUUUGUGGGGCUUCUGCAGGCAUACAGCCAUUUUGUAGUUUGAUAUAAAUUUCUGGACCGACUGGAAUGGGGCAAUGGAACAAGUGGCAAUCUCUGUCCAUAGCAAUGGAACGAUUGGGGCCUAAGUUUGUGUCGCCCAGUGUCAGGGAAGGUUGCACUGGCAGUGUGGCCCUUGUUUGGAGAGAGAAGAGGAGGGCACUGCCGCCGCACUGUUGCUGGCGGCGUAGCACUGAUGAUGGUGCGCGUUCAUGACAUGCGACAUGGCGUUUGGACCUUUCGAGUUGAAGGAGGCACAUGUUUUUUUGCAGGUGUACACGGCCAGCCGAGUAGGCAUGAAGUGAUCACUGAGUCCUUAGCAUCUGGGUCAAUCGUAUGCAUUUGACAAUUGGUAAUCAGAGGAAGAGUUCGAAGUGUCUACAGGGACAGUUGGGUACCAUAAUCUUAGUGUCGAAAUCAUUUAGGUAUGUAAAAAUGGUGAUAGAAAUGCGAUAACCGGGAUCAUAGAAUGCCCAUUGUUUAUACCACGGAUACAUCACAGGCACUUCUCUCUGGGGCUGGGAAGGCACUGUGAAAGAGAAUCGGUGUGGGCCUCCAUUGGGCGGCACCAUUUUGCUCUGGCGGCUGAAUGAAUGAAUGUUGCAGCAUGCU